CAAAUUUUUGUCUAUGUGGUUCAUGAACAACCCAAAAGCAUACGCUUGACAUUUUCGAUGUUUUGUCAAUGGUGACGCCACUAUUGGCCUACUGGAUUAUGCGUGCGGAAAAACUUGCACAAUUGGCAAAGCGUGUACUGAUACCUUAACGUUACUCUUAUCACAGACAAAUGGAUGCUUCACACAAUGGAAACCAAUAUCAUGAAAACAUGUCCGCCAUGAAAUACUCCUACCAUCCUCGAUGCCUAAUAUUCUUUCUGAAAUGGUCUAACCAAAGAGUAUCAUGUCCGUUUACCAGUGUCUAUAUCAGCUGCACAUCUUGAUACUGUCUCGAACAAGUACAAAAUGAUCACUACUGAUUAUAUUAUAAUCAGUUGAAAUUUACCGGGGGAUAAGAGUGCAUCUGAUAGUGAACCAUGCUUCCAAAGCUGUGCCCAUUUAUUUUAAUAGUUCUUCUGAGUUUGAAGAGCUCUUACCAACAGAGCUGUGGAGUUAAGAAAAUGGUAAAUUAUUUAAUAAUGGAUGGAACCGACACCAAAAAAGGCGAAUGGCCUUGGCAUGCUGCCAUAAUCCAGAGGGAAGAAAAUCAAAAUCUAUUAAUCUGCGGUGGAACCCUCAUAAGCCGUAAAUUUGUUCUCACUGCGGCACACUGCAUUAUAAAUCCAGAAACCGACUAUGAACUGUCUCCAAGACAACUCUUUAUUCUACUAGGUGUCUACAGUUUGGAUGAUAGAUCUACGCAGCAGCGUCAAGAAAUCUCCAAAAUUAUUACGCACAGUGAAUUUGAGAAAGAUGAAGUAAAAAGCGACAUUGCACUCUUGGAGUUACAAGGCUCAGCGCAACUCAACAAUUAUGUGCAACCGGCUUGCCUGGGCAAAUUGAAGAGUCUCAUUGGAAAGUCAGGAACAGCCGUCGGUUUGGGAUUGAAGAGAGAUAAAUCGCUUGCAAGAAUUUUACAGAGUGCUGUAAUGCCAGUUGUUAGUAUCGUCAACUGUAUCGAGAGUCAUCGAGGUUAUGGACAAACCGUGGACCGUAGCUCUCUAUGCGUUGGCUACGAGACUGGUACAACCGUGUGUAAUGGCGACAGUGGUGGUGGCCUGUUCUUCGACAACGGUGGGGCCUGGUACUUGGGAGGUAUUGUUUCGUAUGGAAUGCAAUCAGAUGAUGAUCCGACUCGCUGUCGUGAAAAUGGUUAUGCUAUAUUCAUUGAUGUUCAAUUAUAUCUGGAUUGGAUUUCUAAGAAAGCUAACAUAAGGUUGUCCGCUACCCAGCCUAUUAAAGGUUCAACGGGGUCUGACUGCGGUGCAGGAUGUCGGGAGUUCCGAUGCCAUGUGGAUCCGCGCCUCUGUGUCAGCAACGUGGCCCACGCAACAGCCGUACACCAUCCUCACCCGGAUUGUACAAAAUUCUACACCUGUAAGGAGCGAACGAAUAUCAUCUGCCAGUUCGACUGCCCCGCGGGACUGCACUUCAACCGGAACAAGAACGUUUGCGACUGGCCGUGGUCGGCGGGGUGUGAUGUUUCUGGAGGCAGGAAGUAG